AUGGAACCAGAUGAAGAAUUUAUAAAGACGGUUGUUAUUUUAGCAAGAGAAGAAGAGAAAAGAGAAAAUCAUCAUCAAGAUAGAAACAGCUACAAGUAUUAUUCAAACACAAAACAACUAUUCAAAAAGUAUACUUUAGAUGAUCCUAGUAGGGCAGUAUCAUGGUUACUCUUUUUAAUGGUAAAGGGUACUUUUACAUUUAUUAAAGAUAAAGCAGUAAAGUUACUUGAUAGAUUAUUGAUUAAACAACGAGAAGAUUAUAUAGGUUAUUUAUCAGAUACAAUCAUUAAUACAGCCAAGGUUGAAACAAUUAAGUUACUCGAUUCAACUCUUUCAAAUACUUUUAGACAACAUUUAUUUAAUAUCAUUGAAUCAUUUGCAAUGUAUUUAGCACCUAGAGGUCUUUGGGAUGAAUUAGAACAAUCAUUAGAAGACAUUGUAAAAGGAGGAGUAGAAGGGUUACCAUUACUAGAUAAUACAAGAGCAUUGAUACAAGUAUUAUCAAAAGGUAACCCAAGUAAAGUCAAUACUCUUAUGACUCAUUAUUGUGAACAUGGCGGAGAGAUUGCCAUCAGCACAUUCCCACGAAUCAUACCAACUAUAAUCGAUUGUCUUAACCUUAAUAAUGAUGCAAAUAUUCGAUUAUUUGCUUCAAACGCUCUUGUAAUGGCAGCACAAGUUGCCAAGGAUAGCUUCUCACCUUGGGUCAUCGAUGUUUUAACGGCUUUGGAAACCAUGGUCUCUUCACCACAUGCAUUGUCAGAGAUCAACGAAACAGUCACAAAGAAUGCUAUCUCUAAAGGGAGCUCUCGUCUCUGA